AUGAGUUGGCAGCAAUGUUCCGGAACCGGAGGAACUAGCUGUAAGACAGUCAGUGGAGAGGUGACGAUUGAUGCCAACUGGCGAUGGCUCCAUGUCAAAGGCGACUAUACCAACUGCUACACCGACAACACGUGGAACACAACCGUUUGCGCAAGUAACGACAAGUGUGCAAGCAGCUGUGUUGUGGAGGGCGCUGACUACUCUUCGACUUAUGGAAUCACGGCAGGCGGGACCGACCUUACGCUGAAGUUUGUGACUAAGGGCCAGUACUCUACCAAUAUUGGAUCCCGCACAUACCUCAUGAAGGAUGCGAGCACCUACCAGAUCUUCAAUCUAAUCGGAAAUGAGUUUACGUUUGACGUGGAUGUGAGCCAGUUGCCAUGCGGCCUCAACGGAGCUCUGUACUUUGUCGUCAUGGAUCCCAAGGGCCAGGGUACUGCAGGUGCCAAGUACGGGACUGGAUACUGCGAUGGUCAAUGCCCUCGAGAUCUCAAGUUUAUCAAUGGAAAGGCCAAUGCCGAGGGUUGGAAGGCUUCAUCGAACGACAAGAACGCUGGCGUGGGAAUGAGGGGAGCCUGCUGCGCCGAGAUGGAUAUCUGGGAAGCGAACUCCGUUUCCACUGCGCUCACACCUCAUUCAUGUGAUACCCCUGGAUUCGUGGAAUGCAGUGGCGACAAGUGUGGUGGAACUUAUUCAGAGACUCGAUAUGGGGGACCAUGUGAUCCCAACGGCUGUGACUUCAAUCCCUACCGCUUGGGCGUGACCGACUUUUAUGGUAAAGGAAAGACUGUAGAUACUAGCAAGCCCUUCACAGUUGUUACGCAGUUCAUUGGUUCUGGCUCAACCCUGUCUGAGAUCAAAAGAUACUACGUCCAGGGCGGAAAGGUGAUUGAAAAUCCGCAGCCAAAGACUGCAGGCAUCACAGGCAAUUCCAUCACCCAAGCUUGGUGCGAUGCGGAAAACAAGGCCAACAAGGAGGAUGUGUAUCCGUUCAAGGACAAGGGCGGUAUGGCAGGAAUGGCCGCAGGAAUGGCCAAGGGUAUGGUUCUUGUGAUGUCUUUGUGGGAUGACCACUACGCCAAUAUGCUCUGGCUUGACAGCACAUAUCCAACUGACAAGGACGCGUCCUUCCCCGGAGCGGCGCGUGGAGACUGUGCCACCAGUUCUGGCGUACCAGCAGAUGUUGAAUCUAAGAACGCCAAUGCCCAGGUGAAGUAUUUCAACAUCAAGUUUGGCCCGAUUGGCUCGACUUUCAAGCAGCCGUAG